UCUGACAUAAUUUUUUGACAGCCGUAUCAGCGCACUUGCAAGCUCAAGCAUUCGUGAAUUUUUCUGCAAAUAUUCUCCAAGGCAAAAAAUACGAUGGCCGCCGUCAAUAAAUUAUCCAUGUUGAGCCGUGCUAUGAGCACUGGUGCUCAAAUGGUCAAACCCCCCGUACAAGUAUUCGGAUUGGAGGGUCGUUAUGCCACUGCCUUGUACUCGGCCGCCACCAAAUUGAAGCAAUUGGAUCAAGUUGAAAAGGACUUGCUUGCCUUCCAAGCUACCCUUAAGCAGGAUAAGAAAUUGCGUGAAUCUGUUGUCAGCCCCAUUGUCAACAAGAAAGUCAUGGGUGUUGCCUUGAAGGAGAGUGCCGAAAAAUUGCGUUGGUCCGCUGCCACCGGCAAUUUGUUGGCCCUUUUGGCCGACAAUGGCCGUUUGAGCCAAUUGGAUGGUGUUAUCAAUGCCUUCAACAUUAUCAUGGCUGCCCAUCGUGGUGAAGUUGUGUGUGAAGUCGUUUCUGCCAAACCAUUGGAUGCUUCUCAAAGCAAACAAUUGGAGGGUGCUUUGAAGUCCUUCUUGAAGAGCAACCAAAGCUUGAAGAUUACCUCCCGUGUCGAUCCCAGCAUCAUUGGUGGUCUCAUCGUCUCCAUUGGUGAUAAAUAUGUUGACAUGAGCAUUGCCAGCAAAGUCAAGAUGUACACCGAUGUCAUCUCCUCUGCCGCUUAAA